AUGACUAGUGUCACAGUUAAAAGACCUCUGGACGAGUCUUUGACUGCCUUGUCCCCAAACGACAACAACAGCUCAAUUCUCAAUGCCUCCACAGAUGUAGAUGCUUCUACCGUUGCUAAUGCAAACAAAAAAAAAGUAGGAAGAAAACUACUGGGUGAUCACGAAGUAAAGAAUAAAAGAACUGCUCAGAAUAGAGCUGCUCAAAGAGCCUUCAGAGAAAGGAAAGAAAGAAAAAUGAAAGAACUAGAGGACAAAGUCCACGAACUAGAAAAAGUUAAACAACAGAACGACGUAGAAUCAGAGUUCUUGAGAAAUCAAUUGACUCUGAUGAUAGAUGAAUUGAAAAAAUAUAGACCAGAAAAAAGCUCAGAUAUUAAAGUCCUAGAAUAUUUAGCUAAACAUGAAGAAAAUGGUUCUACUGAAAAAAUUAAAAAGAAUAUUCAGAGGAAAGAAGAUUUCUCUUUUGAAUACCCACCACCACCACCACAUUCCCAAACACAGGGCUCUUCUGCAGAUACUAAUGUCACCUACAAUAAACAGAAUACUGAUCAAAGAUUGCCCUCUCCUGGCUCUUCUUCUGGAUCUUCUCCAAAUAUGCUAAUGCUAAAUAACAAGAAACAAAGCAUUUUGAAUAAUAGAAUCACCACUCCUUCUUCUUCAACUUCCUCCUCUUCAGGUUGGAUGGAUAACGUCUUCUAUAAGGAUGAUGCACAAAAUUUGCCACAUUUCGAUACUUCAAGUACUUCAACCAACACUGCAUUCAGGGAUAGCCCCGUCAAUAACAGCAUCAACUCCAUUAAAUUAGAAGAUAACUUGAAAAAUAAUAAUAACAGCGCCUUGACUGUAGGUUACGACAGCGACUUAUUUUCAAACGACUUCAAUUUUGAUGAUCAUUUCGACCAACAAGUUUCAAGUUUCUGUGUUAAAAUGAAUCAAGCCUGUGGUACUAAACAAAACCCAGUACCAAAAACUAUGGCUGAAUCAAAUAAAUCCCAAAAGACACCUCCAUCAGAAGGGAAUCCUUCAACCACUCCUAACGAGUCAAGCAAUGAUAGCUCACUAUCAAUUGCAAAAUUUGAUGAUCCAAACUUCUUGUUCGAUUCACCAUCGAAUGACUUCACAAAUACUUUGGAUAUCCCAAGUGUUGACAGUUCAAAUGCAAAUUCAAAUUUUGGACAAUUGGGUUUCCAUGGUUUAAGUAAUGACAUAACUUUCAAUUCUAAUGAUUCGAAUUGGAAUGAUUUCAUAUCAUUGAAAACAGAUUCAAUGACAUCUGUGCCCACAACUUCUUCAGUCGCUACUAAUGAUCAUCCAAUAAAUAUUUCAAAACCAUCUGAGGAAAACUCUCCUAGAAAGGAAGUAUUACCUUUUAUCGAUACUUCAAUUGCAUUCCCUGAAACUAAAGCUGAUUUCGAUGCCUUCGACAAUCAAAUGUUCUUUAGAGACGAUGGUUUCAAUGAAUCUUUGAAUAUUUCAGAUGACAUUGUAGGGGCAGAAUCAGAUGACGAACAAGAUAAUAAUAACGAUAACGAUUUAAUUUCAAAGAAUUUGGUAUGUGAAGAAGUAAAAGAACAUGAUAUGGUGAUACCAACCUCUGAUGGUAAAUUAUUGAAAUGUUCUGAAGUCUGGGAUAGAAUUACAGCUCAUCCAAGAUAUUCAGAUAUUGAUAUUGAUGGUCUAUGUCAAGAAUUAAUGCACAACGCUAAAUGUUCUGACAAGGGUGUUGUAGUGGAUUCAAAAGAUGUACAGAAAGCAUUAAGCAAUCAUAUGUCAUAA